GUGGAGCCGGGAUCUCACUGUGUCCUGGAGGAGCCGGAAGCGCCUAGUGAGUGCCGGGCGAGGACUCUCACCUGCUGACCCUGUGCACUCUAGAGCCGAACACUCCGGGUUCCGGAGGCCCAGUGGGCAGUUCCCCAGGUGAAGAGCCACACCCCAUCCUGCCCCAAGUCUGGAAGCCAAGGCUCAGAACUCAGACUCAGGGCAGUUUGUCCUGAACUCGCGGUGCUUGAGGUGUGCUCUGUCAUGGGAGACCUGUGGAUACUGUUAUAGGUUGCUCUGAGGCUUGGGCAUCCUGUCAGGACUGUUUUGAGCAAAUAGCAGCCACCGUCUGUACAGAGCCUUCAUGCCAAGUUAAGAAGAGCAAACUCUCAAGCACGGGCAGCGGUCCAUCAGAGUCUAUCUCUAAGUGCCCUCAGGACCAGCCUGGAUGUGGAGCUCAGCUCAGCACUUGGAGGAGGGAGGCCUCUGUCUUGGUGUUCCUGGGCCAGUCACUAGGUGAGCCGGAGCUAGAGCCCACAUCUCUGGGUGCACACAUCACACCUGGUGACUACUGCCCACCUUCGAAGGAUGGCUGUGGACCAGGUCUCGGUCCCAGCGGUACUGUCUCACUUUGCCAACAGCAGUCACAACCAUGAACUACGUAGGGCAGCUGGCUGAGACCGUGUUUGGGACAGUGAAGGAGCUGUACCGGGGCCUGAACCCUGCCACAUUGAGUGGCGGCAUCGAUGUGCUGGUGGUGAAGCAGGCAGACGGCUCCUUCUGCUGCUCCCCCUUCCAUGUGCGCUUCGGCAAACUGGGUGUCCUGAGGUCUCGGGAGAAGGUGGUGGACAUCGAGAUCAACGGAGAGCCAGUGGAUUUGCAUAUGAAGCUGGGGGACAGUGGGGAGGCCUUUUUUGUCCAGGAGUUGGAAGAUAGCGAAGAACAUGUGCCUCCUCGCCUGUGCACAUCACCCAUCCCUUGGGGGGGCCUGCCCGGGUUCCCCUCAGACUCCCAGCUGGGCACAGUCAGGGAGCCUGAGGCUAUCACCGUGGGUACCUCCUCCACGGGGCGGAAGAAGAAGCGUCGCAGGAGGAAGCCGAGGAGGAAAGAGGACACGGUGGCAACUGACUCUAGUUCAGAGGAGCUGGAGACAGGUGCCGAGAGUGAGCCAUCCCCACUGGAAAAGCCACGGCCAGAGCACCCAGGCAGUGUUCACUUGGAGGAAGAAUCUUCACCACAACCCAAAGAUAUCUACCCCUACUCUGAUGGAGAGUGGCCCCCACAGACCAGCUUCUUGCCUGAUGGACUGGCUUCCCCUAAGAGUGACUCAGAGCUUGAGAUGCGGACCCCUGAACCCAGCCCCCUGAGAGCUGAGUCCCACAUGCAGUGGACCUGGGGGCGACUUCCAAAGGUGACCAAAGCUGAGUGGCCUGAGUCCUUGGUGGCCCCUGAUGACCACACCAGCUCAGUCUCUCCUCCUCAGGGAGAGCCCAGCAACCCCUCCACCUCUGGAGCUGGCCUGAGCCCUGUGGAACCCCCAAUUCUGCAAACGGAGGCUGACACUGACCUUCUUCAGCCUGACAUGGAGCUGUCCACUCUAGCUGGUCCUCUUCCUCUCCCUGCUGAGAGAGAGGAAAGCAAGGCUCAGAGCUCCAGCAACUCUGGUCCCCUUUCUGCUUCUAAAUCAUGGAGCUGGGCUGCUCUGGAGGUCCCCACUCCCACGCAGCAGCCAGAAAGAGUUUUCAGGAGGAAAGGCUCCCUGAAGAGAAGCCAGCACCUAGGCCCUACUGACAUCUACCUGGACGACUUGCCCUCCCUGGACUCUGAGAAUGCAGCCCUGUACUUUCCCCAGAGUGACUCUGGGCUGGGCCCCAGGAGGUGGAGUGAACCUGGCAGCCAGAAGACCCUGGGGGUCCCCAACCCCGAACAGGAGCCAGAACACAUUCCAGAUGCAGUGGACACAGUAGUCCUUUCCCUCUGUGGUGGGCUGGCUGACAGCCGGGAUAUCUCCCUGGAGAAAUUCAACCAGCACGCCAUCACCUACCAGGACCUUGCUAAGAACCCUGGCCUCUUAGACAACCCAAACCUGGUGGUGAAAGUCAAUAAGAAGUAUUAUAACUGGGCAGUAGCUGCCCCCAUGAUCCUCUCCCUGCAAGCCUUCCAGAAAAACCUGCCCCAGAGCACCGUGGACAAGCUGGAGAAGGAGAAGAUGCCCCGGAAGGGUGGACGGUGGUGGUUUUCCUGGCGACGCAGAGAUUUCCCUGCUGAGGAGCGCAGCACCCAGAGGGAGAAGACCACAGCUAGGGAGCAGCUGGGAGAGAAGACUGAUGUCAUGAGCAGUGAAGACGAUGCCCUGGACAGCCCUGUGAUCCUUGAGGCCUCCUCUCCACCACCCUUACCUCCAGCCUACACUCCUACCUAUAAGAAAUCCCUCCGCCUCUCCUCUGACCAGAUUCGGCGCCUGAACCUGCAAGAAGGUGCCAAUGAUGUGGUCUUCAGUGUGACCACCCAGUACCAGGGCACCUGUCGCUGCAAGGCCACCAUCUACCUGUGGAAAUGGGACGACAAGGUGGUCAUCUCGGACAUUGAUGGCACCAUCACCAAGUCUGACGCCCUGGGCCACAUUCUGCCUCAGUUGGGGAAAGACUGGACACACCAGGGUAUCACCAGCCUCUACCACAAAAUCCACCUAAAUGGUUACAAGUUCCUGUACUGCUCAGCAAGGGCCAUUGGCAUGGCUGAUCUCACCAAAGGGUACCUGCGCUGGGUGAGCGAGCGGGGCUGUGGCCUCCCCAAGGGUCCCAUCCUGCUGUCUCCCAGCAGCCUCUUCUCCGCACUCCACAGGGAGGUGAUUGAGAAGAAGCCUGAGGUGUUCAAGAUCGCCUGCCUGAGUGAUAUCCAGCGGCUGUUUCUGCCCCACAAACAGCCCUUCUAUGCUGCUUUUGGGAACAGGCCUAACGAUGUUACUGCCUACCGGCAGGUGGGCCUACCAGAGUCUCGCAUCUUCACAGUCAACCCUCGGGGAGAGCUCAUCCAGGAGCUCAUAAAGAAUCACAAAUCCACGUACGAGCGUCUCAGUGAGGUGGUGGAGCUACUCUUCCCGCCGGUAACUCGUGGGCCCAGCACAGACCUUGUUGACCCAGAGUACAGCAACUUCUGCUACUGGCGGGAGCCGCUGGCCACGGUGGACCUGGACGCCCUGGCCUGAAACCUGCCCUGCUUGUCUGGUCCUCCCAGAACUGGCUGCAGGUUCCAGGGCACAGGGGCUGGAACUUAGUUAUAAACCCCCAAAGGGGAAGAGGGAGCUUUGGUUUGGUUGACAGCCCUCUUCCCUGUUCUGCCCACAGCUGCUGCCAGCUGAGCUGUGGCAGGCAGGGAUGUGCCCUGGUUCUGUCCCCAUCGCUCCGGUGACAGCUUCUAGUAGGACAGACAGAUGAGAGACUCCACUAAGACUCAAGGCCUGGAUACACAGCAAAGGGUUGGAGCAGCAUCUGAGAACACAAGCCCCCCAAAGCCCCCUCCCCAGUCCUCUGAAACUAGACCCUAGCUAAUUGCCCUUAACUCUUGACACAAACAUCACUGUAAGAGAUAGCUGGUGGCCCUGGACCUCAGCAAAAGACGCAUGUCCCAACCCAAGUUGCUCCAGCACCUCUGGGGGAAGGACUAAUAUAGAAGGGGGUUCCAGGUCCUUUCAGUGUAAGGACUGAGGGAGAGGGGUUCCCACUCUGCACUCAGAUGCUAUGUGCUCCCUCGGAGCCUCCAUUUGGACAGAGCCAUAAAUCCUGGCAUGAAGUGUGUGUGUGUGGGGGGGGUCUGCCUGCCUCCCCCCCCCCACCUGUCAAUUUCAUGUCCACAUAGUGGCUGAGUGAGCUCUUGCCCGAGGAACUGUGGGGAGCUGGCUGAGCCCCUCCACAGCCUUCCCUCCUGUUCACAAUUAUGGUAAAGAAGUUACCUGUAGGUCAGUUAAAAGCUUUAAUCCAGGCCUUCCCUCCCCAACAGCACCACAACUGAGGGCAGAAUCUCAAAUGUUGAGAAAACCAGAAGGUGGGGCUACAGAGACUGGCAAACCAGCACAGGAGGGAAACUGCAGCCAGGAAUCUCAGCGCAGGAGGGUCUAGAAAGACAUGGCCAAAUGAACAACUGUCACUUGUUGGUCUUGUACCAGAGCUUCUCAUCACUGGGUGACCCCCCCCCCCCCAAGGCAGGGCUGGGGUUUCACAGAGGUAUUGGCAACAAGGCCUGAGUCCCUCCCACUCCAGCUGCAGCCUCCUUUAUAUAAGCCGCUCUCUGAACAGAGGCCCUAGUCUGGGGGGGUGGGGAAGAGGGUUCUCAGAAUGGGAAUGAGGAGUGCAGGGGAACCAGUGUCCUGAAACCCAAGGAGCUUGGAUCCACUCCUCCCCUCAGAGAUUAUAUAGCUGCCUAAAAGCCCUCACCUUGGGAGAGGAUCAAAAAUAAAGCAAAUGGUCAACUGAG